AUGAAGAACACCUGGUUCAACGAAUUGAUGUCAGGCCGCCACAAACCUGGGGACUAUUCGAGCUGGCCCUGCACGAAAAUCGAGGCGAAACUUCGAAAGCGCCUGGAAUCUCGACGACAAGGAUCGGCGGCUAUGCAGAAGGAAGAUCCUUCUUCGAAGGAGAGCUCCAGCCUUGAAGAGUCCAGCUCUGCAGGGUCUAGCCUCGCAGGGGACUCUCCCAGACCGGGGACCAGUAAGCAACAGGUGGAUCUUCUGGAGCAGACCUCCGAGGUGGGCUUGGAUUCAAAUCCAACGAUGAAGAAGCACCCGGAAGAGGCGACUUCCAAGCUGGAGAACGAACUUGGUCCUCUUAGUUCCGGCGACUCUCAGAGGCCUCGAAGUGCUCCUUGCUCGCCGUUCUUCAAGGCUCAAUCUUGCGGCGACGUCCCGGUAGAAGACAGGGCUUUGGAAAAGCUACCGGUUAAAGAAGAGGAGAUCUUGAAGAGUCCAAGAUCAAGACAAACCUUGGUAGUCUUGAAGACUCCAAGGCAGGCCCAGAACUUGGUCACCUUGAGGAUGUUGUCGAGUCCAAGAUUGUCGCGCGUAUCGGAGUCCCUGAAAUUACAUAACAGUCGAGACCUUGACGAGUCCUGGGACGGUUUCAAGAAUCCGGAAGAGCCAACAUUAACACGAGACGAGGAACCCUUGCGGACUACGAAAAUCCUUUUAGAAAAUUCUGAAGAUACGGAAGACGUUGUGACGUCCAAACAAUAUGACCAGGAACUUGAUAAUGGGACCAGGGCGGUCCUAAAAAAUAUGGAAUCCAAAAUUUCGACGGAAAAUGAAACUCCAGUUUUAGAUGAGGAUGCUGAAGAGGUCCAAAGAACUUCGGAAAAUUCUGCUGGUUUUUCUCAGGAGGAUGACGACGAUCGUGCUUCGGAAAGGAAGGAAUUAAAUCAGGGUGAUGAUAAUUCGAAGUCGGAUAUAGAAGCACCGAAGAAGACCUUGAAGACUCGGUCCUUUAAAUGGGAGACCAUUUUGGAAAAACAGUGCAGAUCUUCCAAUUGUCAAAGCAGCUCUUUUAAACUUGAAGACGAACCUAGUGUAAUUCAACACCCUGGUCCCGAGGUAUCUCGAGAAAUCCUGGAGAACGUCACAGAGAAGGAUAGAGUUGCCGAUUCAGUUCCUGCGAAUUCGAACGAUCUUCCAGAGCCUCCAGAAGGGGAGAUGAGGAUCGGGGUCCUAGAAGAAACGUAUCUUCUUCAAAGGAUUCUUACUACUCUCCCCAGGGUCGAGGAAGAAGAAGACACCAACAUUUUACCCGGAUUCAAUGACAAGGAAGUACCCAUCCUGCAGGAUUCAAAGAAGAUCCUUCAAAUAGGGUUAAAAAAUCACGAGGAGUCUAGAACGUGCAACAUUGCGGUACAAAGCACCGGAUGCACCGAAGAGCUUGCAACGAUUUUCGUGCACCAGGACAGGUUCCUCGGAAAAUCUGCAUUUAUUAGAGCCCAGGAAGACGUGGCCAAAGUCCUGCAGCCCCCUUGGAAGCUAAGGGACCGUUUUCCCACGUCAAAAACUUGCAAAAGACCGUCCGUAAGAACCGUGGCCAUCCAGGCAGGAGGUUUUGGAAAAUGUAUGCUGGAUGUAUCUCAAAGUUUUCAAGGCCCUCAGGGAUUCCAGGCUCCUCAAGUGACUCUUCAAGGCCCGGAGGUUCUUCACGGAGAUCAAGCUCUUCAGGAUUCCCAAGGCCAUCAAAGUCCUUGCGGGAUUUAUCGUCUUCAAGGAUGCCACGGUGCCCAAAACCUCCAGGAACGACGGCGACCCUCCUGUUGUCCUCAGGAUCCGAAGAUUCCUGGAAAUCAAAGCAUGAUACCGCAGAAUAUAGCCGGUCACGGUCAAAGACUUGCUGGCGGUGGCCAUCGAGAGGACCCACGGAACCGCGGCCAUUUUGGAGAACGUCAACCUCGGCAGACCUUCCAGAACCACGAAGUUCUUUCCAGAAAUGAAUGUAGAAGUGUGUGCCGUUGCUGCAAAAAUAAAUCGACACCGAGCCCUGCAAGAGCGAAUUUUUAUCAUCGCAACGUCCAGCCCAGUGGAGCAAGGAAUUCCUGUUGUCGUUCGAGUCACCCUCCUCAAGAACGAGCCGUAGGAGAGUCCUGGGAACGCGACAAGAAGAAGGAAGGCGUCCUUCCGGAAGGAAAGAGGGCGCUCGAGGAGGACGUCCCUCAUCCUGUGACUCGACCCUCGUGUCAAAGGACUCGUUUCAAGGAGGAGAGCUCUGGAACACCCUUGAGACACGCCUAUAGAAACACCGAGCGUCCUGAUCAGUGCACCAAGAGCGGCAGGGUGACGUUCUGCCGAGAAAUCGUGGACAAGCACCAAGACAUCUUGGGAGCAUCUCUCGAAAGAAAGGACGGAUGCGACGAGAGGAGACCCUGCGACAUCGCCAAAGAGCAGUCCAAGGUGUCCGUGAGUUCCCAGGACUGGAGUCAGCCAGCCGAGGAGACGUUUCCCAGGGCCAGGGUCACUCUUCCAAAGGAAACCAGGAAUUCCUCCUGCGCGCGGUCGAAGGAGAACCUGGAGGAGCCCGGAAAUCAAACAGAAACGCAAGGAAGGACCCUUGAGGAAGACGAUACGCCACGCGUCGGGGCGGUCCAGGCGGAGCGUGAACCGGAGACCUUGGUGCCGAGUUACGCAAAGGCGCUGGCUUUGUUUCGAAAAGGCUGCGACGCUCCGCCGAGGACCUCCUGGAGGAAGAAACGACCUAUUGGGAAGGAGUACGGCGGUAAAUAGACCAAUGGAGAGGACGUUCUUAAGGACUUGCCGGAUAAAUUGGCCGACAUUUGGCUGUUGCGACAUUUCUCCUUCUUCUUCCGGUUCGCGGAAUGCUCGGCGGUUCUCGUGGAGUGGCCCUCUUCCCAUUGGCCGAAUCGACUCGGAUUUCGCUGCCGGACAGGUUGUAACAAUCGCACCUUGCACAGCUCUCUAACGAGCUGGUUGCGACACCUUGCGAUGCUUCAUUUCGAAACUCGCUUGGACAUCGGCACGCGACAUAAAAAGCAUUUUUGCUCCUAGCUCUAUUGUACAUUUUCACCGAAAUGCGCCGGGAGGAGAGGUCAAUG